AUCACACAACUCGCUGUUGCUUUUCCUUUAGUGAUUCAGGUGUAGAUGGAUGAAGAAGGACUGGAUACAUGAUGCUGCGGAUCGUGCCCAAAAUACCACAUGGAUUCUUGUUUUGCUUUUCUUGGAUUGAUUCUAUAAUAGAAUAAAGCAAAGAUUCUUUCUUUUUUUUGUAGUGAAAAGUGUUGAUAGUGUGAAGGAUUUUAUUUACGGACGGAUUUUCCAGCCCUUUUUCAACUUAAUAAAUAUAUUUGAAAUACUUUGUUAUAUUUUGUAUCAACUUUUUUUUGUUGGAAGAAAUGGCUGAAUUGGAAAUUAUGUCUCCCAUCGCUCAAUCUAUAUUGCAGUGGGAUAAAGCAUGCCAAGAUGAGUCAGUUGACAAUUUUGAUCUCAGUAUGAUGAACGGCAACGUGCAAGAAAACGGAGAAUAUAUGAAUGUUGAUCAUACAUUCCAUACGCCAAGUUUUGGUGACGAAGAAUUUGACAUUCCACCAAUUAAUCUACCCCCUACAACACCAAGCAGUGAUACUAAUUCUAGUGAUGUAUAUGGCUCUACACAGCCGCUGAGCCAUCAAGAACAAUCGACACAACCCCAACAGUCUCCUAACAACAACCAGCAACAGCACAUUAUGUCUCCUCCUCCCCAAAUGUCUCCUAGCCCUUGUAGUCAAUCUGGAAGUGGAAUGGAAAGGAUAGGUGCAAUUAUGACAACUGUCACGACGGCACCUUCACCACCGACAAUGAUGACUUCUUUUUCUGGUUCUCCACAUCAUCAGCACCAACACCAUCAUUCGCCCCACAUGCUUCAGCAACAGCAGCAGCAACAGCAACAACAACAGCAUUAUGGCAAUCCUCAUCCCGGUGAUAUGUAUAUGUUGCAGAUAGCUCCUGGCAACAUGAUUCCACAACAAUCUGUGCAAUUUCAUGUCCAACAAUAUGCAAUUCCUACAAGUUACCCUAAUGGGCCAAUGCCACAGUCACAUCUCCACAUGGAGCACGCGCAACACCAACAACAGCAACAUCUCCACCAAGUUCCUCAACACCACAACAUGGGCAUUCACCCACACCAUCCAUCUGUGCACCCACAGCAUCAUCACCAGCAACUUCUACCGCCUUCACCUAUGCUGGCUCUGCAGCUUGGAGGACCUAGACAUCAGAGGCCCGGGUCAGUGGGAUCAUCACCACCCGGCUCUAAUCACACAUCUCCCGGUCUUGAAACUAGUGAGGAUAGCGAUGAUAGCGGACAUUUGUCUCAAUUGAUGUGUGGAAUGAAACGGCCUUCACCAGAACCAGUUGAAAGGCCCCCAAGUGUAGGGAAACCCAUCAAGAAACCCAAAGUACAGAAGAAAAAGAAGAAGAGGGACCCCAACGAACCCCAAAAACCGGUAUCUGCUUAUGCACUUUUCUUCCGUGAUACUCAAGCUGCAAUUAAGGGUCAAAACCCGAAUGCAAGUUUUGGGGAAGUGUCGAAAAUUGUCGCUUCGAUGUGGGAUGGACUUGAUAUUGAUCAUAAAAACGUAUACAAAAAGAAAACUGAAGCAGCCAAGAAAGAAUAUUUGAAAGCACUUGCAGCUUAUAGAGCAAGUCUUGUUUCCAAGGCUGCGAAUGAUCAGUCGGAUAAUAUUUAUGGGACUGGCUCUACUCCAACAUCUAUGUCUUCAGCCAUGAACUCAAUGCCUGGCCAAGCGUUAUCGCCGUUGCAGAAAAAAUCACCACUUUUGACUUCUCUUAUGGAGGGAAAUCCGGUUUCAAAUCUGCAGAACAUGUCAAACUCUCAGUCUCUCAUCAUGGGGCAGGGCCAGAUGAAUGGUGGACAUCAUCCGCACAUGAUGCAGCAACACAUGUCUCCUCAUUCUUCUGCGCCAUCACAUCAGAUGCUGCAUCAAAUGCUGAGCCCUGGGCCACCUCAACAGCAAAUGAUGCACAUGGGAUCACCUCCGCCCCAGCAUGUUAUGCAACAACACCCAGGAAUGCAACACUUAACACCUAUCAACAAUAACGCCAACAGUAACAACAACAAUAUAUCUUACCCUUCAAACAUGUCACAGCAGAUGCAACAUCCAGGACAGCAACCACAGCAGCAAGGAGGCAUGAUGUGUGCAUCGCCACUCCAGAAUAGCUGCUCCAGAGGAGACACACCACAAGAAUGGGACAGGGGUGAUUACUGCAAUAACGACUGCGUUGUCUCACAUUGCAGGGAUGUCUUCACAACGUGGGUUGCUGCCAGACCUCCUCAAAAUUCUUAUGCAUCUGUAAAAUAAGUUGAAAUCCUCUUUAAACUAGAGUACACUGUAAAAUUGAAACAAUAAAAACAAAUUAAACGCGGUGAAUUGUUGUGAAGAAAAAUGACUUAAAACAGAUGACUUUAUGAAUGAGUUAGUUGACUUCAGAGAGACUACGCACAGAUUCCGCGUAAUGCAUAAACGACUAUUGAUUUAUUAUUAUUAUUCUUAUUAUAACCACGAUUAACACAGAUAUAAUUUUCAUUUGGUGAUUGUUUUUCCUCUUUUCCCCGUGAAAGAAUGAAAAGGUAUAUACAAAAUAGUGUCUGAAUUAUAUUUUCUCACAUCAAACUCUCAACAAAUAUGUAGACUAUUUGAUCAGGAGAAAGAAGCAAGUUAGUUUAACUAGUUGUUCUCGUCAAUAUGUUCGAUACUUUUAUGUUUAAAGUUUUGUACUGCAGCAAGAAAACUUAAAUCUUGAAUUGCCGUGUAUAAAACCGCUUCUAAACGCGAGUGAGGAAUUCGCAUUGUUUGUGAUUCAAUCACUAAAACUUAUUGUGUACAGAAAAAAAGUGUAAAUGACAAAUUAGAAUUUUCUUGGUUGAUUAUCAUGAAGACUAUAUUCGAAAAUACUAUAUUAUUGUCAAUUUUUUGAAUGCUUCGGCUAUGGUGCACUGCUUACGACAGGGUAAAAGAUUAAGAAGAUAUAUGUUGGAAAAAAAAUAUGUUUAUUGUGAUUUUUUAUUGUAACUUGUGAUUAUAAAAAUCAGUGAAAAGUAAAAAAUUUAUUGAUUGAUGAUACAUCUUUGUGAAAAUUGGAAUUUGUUUUUUGAUGUUUCAAAUUGCUUAAAGUGGAUUGUUAUGAAUAUCAAAAUAAGAACUAUAAAAAAUGUUUUGUAGUUCUCUAAGAAAGAAAAACGGUGCAUUGAUGUUAUUGUUUAUAAUUUGUCGUAUAAUGAAAAUUGAUUAUAAUUUCUAAUAUUAAUAUAUAAUUUUAAAUCAGCAUGGAUAAUGUUAUUAAAAGAAUAAUAGAAAUUCUCCACCAUGAUUUCUGAUUAUAUUUCUGAAAAUAAUUAAGAAAUUUAGCCACGAAUCACAGUUUUGGUUAACUGCAUUCUGCAUGUUAAGCAAUAUUUCUUAUAAUUUAACAUCUAUGUACCUCUUGUUUCGUGCAUUGAUCUAAUUAUCUUUUGAAAUUUCUUUAAAAUAAAAAAACUGUCAAUUAAGUCAGAAACUUUGUGUCGAUUUUCAAUGUCAAUGCAUUUUGUACCAAACACAGUCACUGCAAGUCAAAGAAUGACUAAGAGACUGUCUCUCAAGAUAAUUUAUGUUUUGUAAUUCGUAAAAUAAUUCAUAUGCUCAUCAAUGUGCAUCGACUUAUUUUCAUCACUGUUAGAUAUCUCAAACUAUUCUGUUUUAAAUGACACUUUUUAAUAUACUGGCUAAAAAAUGAUUAGCGUUUUAAAUUCGUUAUAUAUUUUGCAACACAUUAGUCUUCAUAUAUCCUAAUCAAUAAAAUAAAAUAAGCAAAAUUUAUUGUUCAAAAGUUAUAUUAAAUAAAUUAAAUUCUAUUUUUGUUUUGGGGUUGUCCAUACAUAAUCUCUAUGCAUAUCGUUCUGAGGGAUUCAAAUGUAAUAUUGAUUGUGGUUGUUGGUAUUUGGCUUGUGAUACCAAUAUUGAAUUUUGUCUUUAUUUAUUUUUUAAUUAAUUUUCGGCAGAUUCAUUAUAAUACUGAUUGUGGUCGUUGGUUCUUUGGCUUAUAAUACCAAUAUUGAAUUUUGUCUGUAUUUAUUUUUUGAUUAAUUUUUGGCAGAUUCAUUAUUUUUUAAUUGUAAAAUACCUAAAAUAGUCGUUAAAAAUGCAUUGUAGAGUUAAAUAUAGUACAGUUUAUUUGUAUUUAAUGAGAAGCUAUUUGAUUGCAUAUGAAAUUGAGAAUACUUAUUAAAAGAAUUAAAUAAAAAGUUUGCAUACAUUAGAAAUUAGAAAAACUUUUAUAAAGGAAAUUAUUCGGAAAACUCUCAUUGUCUUUAAAAUUGAAACCGCUUUUAUAAAAAAAAAUUAAGUAAUAAAAAUGAUGAGAACUUAUUACUUUGGGUAGGGGUCUAAAAUUUCAUGAAAAAAGUAAUAAUAAUGUGUAUGGACGACUUUUGAAAUGUUUAUACUUUUUCUUUUAACAAAUUGAAUUUAAUAUAAGUAAUAUAAUAUGAAAUUAAUAUAAAAACUCCCCGUUUUUUUAAAAAUUUAGAUUAUUAUGUUUUAAAAACCAUAUUAUCUAGUAUCAUAUACAUAUAAACCAUAUAUGUAAAUGUAUAAACAAGUUUUUUUAGUAGAGUUAUUUAAAAAGCUCACUACUAUUGCAGCGUUUUUGUACAUUCAAACAACAAAAGUAAAAAUAUUGUGUGUAUAUUUUGACACCGAACAUUUUUUGUUCCACGUUGGUGUGGGGUUGACAUUUUAAAAUAACAUUUCUGUCUGUAGAAUUGUAGAUUGUUUCUAUGGUUCUAGUGUUGUAUUAAUUGUUAAGAACUAUAGAAACUUUAGUAAAGAAGUGAACGCAUUAAGAAGUUGUCUUUAUUACUGUAUAUAUAAAAGUUUUUAAAAGAAAUUAUGGGUUAAAAACAAUUUUUUUUCUGGUAUUCUAAUAUAUCAUGCAAAAUAACACUGAGUUAAAAUUCUAUUACCUGUUUUAUAUCUUCAAAACUGAAAUUGGGAGUGUUCAUUUUAUACAAGGUGUUGCGUAAUGGCCAUCCUUAAAAAUUAUUUUUUGAAAUCUCUGUCAAAAAGUAGACAACGAAAGUAAAGUCACUAAUUAUUAAAGCUAGAAAAAACAAAAACCUCUUUCAAUAUCUUGCGAAUUACUACUGAGAAAAGCGGAAUCGAAAACAUGUUUGAUUGCCGAAGGACACAGAAUAGUAUUGAAAGGUGAUUACUUCUUCGAGAUUUUUAAAAGGAUCAAACUUGAUUUUGUGUUUUUUAGUUCAACAUCCUCAGAAAUGUCCAAAUAUCGCUUUUCUUAUUCCUCUUUUUAUUUCAAUUUUGGCUUUAUUGUAUAAAUUUGGCUAAAAUGUGUACUUUAGGCGGUCAUUUCGUAAGACCUUGAAUGUUACAAAUAAUAUUUUGUUCAUUCUCUAUUUCUAAAAAUUUUACUCUACUUCCAUUUUUUUAUACUCUGAGGCCCAAUAUUUGUUUAAUUUUAUUUUUGAUUUUGGUAAGAAAAAUUUAAUUGUUGCUCAUAAUCUAACUAAUGGUAAUUUUCAUGUUCUAUAUUGUUGCUUAUACGACAAAGAAUUUAAACUUAUGGGAAUAAAAUUCCUUUCUGACUAACAAUUAAACAAAUUAUUGUAAACUCAUUUACUAUCCAGGUUUUCAAAAUAUUAUUUUUAGUGCAUUGUUCUGAACCAAAUUCUAUUUUCCGGUUCAGAAACUUGACAGGAUGCUAAAAAUAGUAUUCUAAAAAUUUGGAAUUUUUUUCUCGGUUAGAAAGUUUAUUUUUAUUCUGGGGUUAUGUUCUACGUUUUCAAUUAUCUCUUUAUUUAAAAUGCAAAAAUUUGGGCCGAAGAGAAUCAAAAUGUUUAUUUGUAAAUCAAAAAAGUUAUAAAUAAAGUAAAAUAUUUUAAUUCAAUGGACGAUAUUUACUAAUUUCUUGAACAGUCUAUAAAUAUCUUAAUUUGGGAUAAAAUAUAAAGAAAAUUCAAAAACCUUUUGAGUUCUCACUGAAUAACUUUCUGGUGGUUUUUUUAAACGUUUUCGCUAUUUUGGGUGCAAAUUUAAAUUAUAAUUUCUUAAUGAGGAAUUUUAGUGUUCGCUUUGUAUUUUAAUUUCUGCAGAUAAAAAAAAUCUUUCUUUUUUUUGAGUUUAUAUAUCUGCUUUCCAUGCGGAAAUAAGAUGUUACAUGUGUGCAUAAAAUGUAAGUCUUGUAUUUAAGUGAAAAACUGAAUAAAAAAAUAUGUUACAAAAGCA